UUUCAAGGGUUGUCUCUUUUUCUUUUCUUUUCUUUUCCUUUGUUGUGCCGCUAUAACCACCAUUUUCAGUCUAAAACUUUCGCCUGGAAAAAAAAGAAAAGAAAAAAGCUAUGUCAGGUUUAUAUAAUCCCAACUUUUCACCUGCUAGAGCUGCUUCUCCCCAGAUUAGAAGUACACCAGAUGUUGACAGUAAUCACUACUUGUCAGAGCUGUUGGCGGAGCAUCAAAAGCUUGGACCUUUUAUGCAAGUUCUUCCCAUAUGUAGCAGACUCUUGAAUCAAGAGAUUUUAAGGGUUUCUGGAAUGUUGCCGAACCAAGGAUUUUGUGAACUAGACAGAUUGCGACAUAGAAGUCCCAGUCCUAUGGGUUCAGCAAACCUUAUGUCAAAUGUUGCUGGAGCUGGAUUGAGUGGUUGGAAUGGACUUCCCCAGGAGAGGUUGAGUGGACCUCCUGGAAUGUCAAUGGACUGGCAAGGGGCCCCAGCAAGUCCUAGUUCGUACACUGUGAAAAGAAUAUUGCGGUUAGAAAUUCCAGUAGACACUUAUCCAAAUUUUAAUUUUGUAGGGCGACUUCUUGGCCCCAGAGGGAAUUCAUUGAAACGGGUGGAAGCUACUACAGGAUGCCGUGUUUUUAUUAGAGGAAAAGGGUCUAUAAAAGAUCCAGACAAGGAGGAGAAACUAAGGGGAAGACCAGGAUACGAGCACCUGAAUGAACCACUCCACAUUUUAAUUGAAGCUGAUUUGCCAGCCAGCGUUGUGGAUAUUAGAUUGAGACAGGCACAGGAAAUCAUAGAGGAGUUGCUCAAGCCCGUGGAUGAAUCACAGGACUACAUAAAGAGACAGCAGUUGCGUGAACUUGCGAUGCUAAAUUCAAAUUUCAGGGAAGAGAGCCCUGGACCAAGUGGCAGUGUCUCUCCUUUCAAUACUAGUGGAAUGAAACGUCCCAAGACUGGCCGUUGAGAGAGAUGAGAAAUUGAAGUUAUUGAUGCUAAGAGAGGUUUGUACUCCUCGGAUAAUGAGAGGCAUGCCUGGGCAUUCCUCUCAACAUACAUCAUAUCCGCGUCACUACCUAAACCCAAGCUAUAAAUAGACACACAGGUCCUUGCGGGUGAUUUUUGGUUUGCUUUUGGGUUUUAUUUAUUUUUUUCAACAACAGAAAUGAAAAGAGAGUAAAAAGGAAAAUUAGAACUUAUGGUUUAUACAGUUGGCUUUUUUAUUUAGGUUUGGUAAUGUCAGUCCGAUGUAAGCUUCAUUGAUUUAUUCUUGUGUUAGUAAUUGUAGUGUGAAAUGUGCUGUUAUUGGUACAUGGUAGCAUUAGCAGUUUGAAGCCAAUAGGUCUUUCCUUCAUUAUGUUGAAGUCGUACAUUGGACGACUAUUAUCAAAGAGACACCAAUAUUGGUGCUUUGACUGGAGUUGGAUUUGUGUAUUCACCUAUUAUUGCAACGUGUAAUAUGUUAAAAUAGAACAAUAUUUUAAAUUCUUUCUUGGAUGAUUGUUUUGCUGAUCA